UUACUCUUUCAGGAGGAACCAAACACCACAGAUUAUGCCUAUGACCAUGAUUAUUACGAUCACAUUAUAUCACCAUGUGACAAGAAUGAAGUCAGAAACUUUGCAAAGCUCUUCUUUCCUUUUGCAUACUCACUAAUAUGCAUCUUGGGCCUUGUGGGCAAUACGUUUGUGGUGAUGACAUUUUCUUUAUAUAAGAGAUCCGAAUCCAUGACUGACAUAUGUCUCUGCAAUAUUGCCAUUGUAGAUAUACUCUUUGUUUUCACUCUCCCUUUCAGGGCAGUGGACUAUGCUCUGGAUGACUGGAUCUUUGGUGAUUUCAUAUGCAAGCUCACUAGAGGAAUAUAUGCAAUUAAUUUCAACUGUGGCAUGCUACUCUUGGCCUGCAUCAGCGUGGACCGAUACAUUGCCAUUGUGCAGGCGACAAAGUCAUUUAAGCUUCGGGCAAGGACUCUAGUAUACAGUAAAGUGAUCUGCUUGGCCAUCUGGGGAUCAUCAGUUUUGAUCUCCAGUUCAACUUUCAUCUUCAGUCAAAGUUACAUAAUUUCACUCAAUGUGACAAAACACAUUUGUGAGCACAAAUCCAAUUCAGAGACCAAAGUAAUGUUCAAAUUACUUAUACUGUAUCUCCAACUUUUAUUUGGAUUUUUUAUUCCUCUUCUGGUCAUGAUUUUUUGCUAUACCUUCAUUGUUAAAACCUUGAUGAAGGCUCAGAAUUCCAAAAGAAACAAAGCCAUACGUGUUAUAUUCUUAAUUGUUAUUGUUUUUCUGAUCUGUCAACUUCCUUAUAAUAUAGUCCUUAUUCUGAAUGCAUCAUCAAUGGGUACUCUGGAUAAAGAUUGUCAAAGUGAAAAGAAAAUGAUUUAUGCAAAACAUUUAACAGAAACUCUGGCCUUCUUGCACUGCUGUAUGAACCCUGUGCUUUAUGCAUUCAUUGGGGUGAAAUUCAGAAAUUACUUUCUGAAAAUAAUGAAAGGAUUGUGCUGUGUGAGAUACAAGAAGCAUGGAACCACUCCUACUCAUGGUUCAAGAGCAAAUUCUGAUACUGGCCAUUCUUGGCAAACAAGUGAAAUUUAUGAAUGAUGU